ACACUUCCGUAAACUAGAGCCGCUUUCUACUCGCCGUGUGUAUUUCUGUUCGCUGUGUUGUCUCGGUGAUGGAUCGCAGCAGAUCACAUGAUGGAGUUGGAAGAGAGAAAACACACGAGAAGAAGAAGAAACGAAGGCGAUCAUCCUCUUCAUCUUCUUCAUCGUCGUCUUCCUCAUCCAGCAGCAGGAGUCGAAGCAGAUCGUCAAAGAAAACAUCGCACAAAAGUCAAGAUGUGAAAACACAAAGAAAGAAGCGAAGAAGAAGCUCCUCUUCUUCAUCGUCCACCUCUUCUUCCUCGUCGUCUUCUUCGUCAAGUGACGAAAAGACAAAGAAGAAGAAGAAAAGUAAAGCCAAGAAGAAGAAGAGUAAAGCCAAGAAAAAGAAAGCGAAGCUGAAGAAACUGAAGAAAAUGGAGAAAGAGAAGCUGAUGGAGAAGAAGAAAGCAGAGGUGGUGGUGUUGCUGCCCAGCCCUCCUGUGGAGAUGCCUCCAUCUUACCUGUGGCAGAGAGACGAGGAGGCCGUGGAGCUCGGACCUGUGAUGACCGAUGAGCAGAAGGCCCGACUCUCCACCAAGAGGCCCAUCACCAAAGAGGAGUACGAGGCCAGGCAGAGUGUGAUCCGCAGGGUGGUGGACCCAGAAACCGGACUCACCAGAUUGGUGAGAGGAGAAGGAGAGAUCAUCGAGGAGAUGGUCAGCCGAGAAAAACACAAAGAAAGCAGCAAGAAAUCCACGAAGCGAGACGGGAAGGACUUCAAGAAGAAACUGGGAGUGAACCGGUAGAACAUGCUGGGAUCUACUUUAGGAGCCUCAAUAAUGUUGCAUCAUAAUCUCAGUUUCCUGUGAUUUCACUGCACAGUAGUGAUUUAACAUGUAUUCUGAAUGUACAGUUUAUUCCUGGUUAAGUAUCUCAGACUAUGCUGGAAUUGGUGAUGUCCCAACUAGUGAUCACUUGCCAUGAUAAAUGUAUUUCUAUUGUUUUUUUAAGUAUUUCAGUGAGUAUAUAAAGGCUCAUCCUGAACAGGUGACCUGUACCUGCUGACUGAUCACUGACAUGUUGUUUUUAUUUGAAAUAAACUGGUGGUGUUGUUCGUUACCAA